GAUUCAACUUUAGCUUGGUCAUAACGCGGCUGUUUUAACUUUUUAACUCGAGGCCAUUCAUAUAAAGCUCUGUUCAUAAUUCAGGAGCACAUACUUUCCAUUUCACUAAAUCCCUCCUCAGCUUAAACCCUUGUGUCUUUCUCGGAAAAUCGAGCAAAAAAUGUUCAAGAAGUUCACAUCCGAAGAAGUUUCUGGCCAAAACCAAGUAAAGGCAUCUGUGCAACGCAGAAUCCGCCAAAGUAUUGCGGAAGAGUAUCCAGGACUUGAACCAGUAUUGGACGAUUUGCUUCCUAAGAAAUCCCCCCUAAUAGUUGCAAAAUGCCCAAAUCAUCUGAAUCUUGUUAUAGUGAACAAUGUGCCACUUUUCUUCAAUAUACGUGAUGGACCGUACAUGCCUACUCUUCGACUUCUUCAUCAAUAUCCAAAUAUCAUGAAAAAAUUCCAAGUUGAUAGGGGCGCGAUUAAAUUUGUCCUAUCUGGUGCGAAUAUUAUGUGUCCUGGGCUUACGUCUCCUGGAGGUGCUUUGGAUGAUGACGUGGAAGCCGAUUCCCCUGUGGCUAUAAUGGCUGAAGGAAAGCAACAUGCUCUCGCUAUUGGUUUUACUAAAAUGUCAGCUAAAGAUAUAAGGUCAAUCAAUAAAGGAAUUGGUGUGGAUAAUAUGCAUUAUCUUAACGAUGGACUCUGGAAGAUGGAGCGUUUGGAUUGAGCUGACACAACGGUCAAAGGAUGUCCAAUUUGCAAGAAAAUGAAUAAGUUUUACCUGCUAGAAAAGCUGCUUUCUUUUCUGCAAUAGUUUUCAGUUAAUCUGGAUGCUGGUGGUAAAGUCAGAGUUUUCUUGAGACCCUUUUUUCUGCCUUGGAGGGUUUACAGGUUUUGGUUCUGAAAAUGUAUAACAAUUGUAUGAAUGUUAGGUUAUGCCCCUCUUGAGUGUGGAUCUUAAAGCGGGGGCUGGUCCUCAAACAUCUUGAGGCUGAACUAUAGUCAUCUCUUCAAUUUUGUUGCAUAGUUGAGCCAAAAAAAUGUAGAAAUUUUCGAGAAAUCGUGAAAAUAGAAGUUGGAACCCGUUAAAAUUUGUUGGAGAGACAAGCCUACCUUAUAUGUUGAAGCU